AUGAGUGAUGUACAUAGUGCUACUAAAUCUGAACAAUAUAAGAAUGAAGUAUUCAUACUACUUGAUAAAGCUAAAGAGUUAUUUCCAUUAAGUGAAGACUUAUUACGUGAUCUCCAAAUGGAGAUUGAAGACAUGACAAUGUUGUUCGAUGAACAAUCUAUGUUUAAGAGUGUUCCAAACAUUAUUAAAAUCUUAAUCAGGGAUUAUGACGUUAGUGCUAAGGAUUAUCUCAGGGGUAUGGAACUCGAAAAGGAUGAUAUUGAAUUGCUUUCUGAGUUCGGUCAAUAUACGAUUGAGGCUUUAAUAGUUCAUGUACUAGGUAUGCUUUUUAACCCACUUGAAAAUUACUCAAUAAUUCGUGUUGCUUCUUUGGUUGAACGACUAGAGUAUAGUGUCCGGAUACAAGCUUUAUUAUUGAAAAGCCGGAGGUGUAAAAAACCUUUUUCUAUGGUAAAGGAUGAGGUGGAAAAAGUUAAGUUUUCAGGUAAGGAGAGGAAAAGAUCUAAAUUGGUGAUAAUGUAUCCCUUCGGUUCCGGCUUAGUUCAAUUCAUGGAGGAAAGGGGAUUGAUCACUUUAACCAGUGAUUUGAUCGGAACUGUUAGAGUUCAGAAGAAGAAAGGAGCUUAUUUUCUUCCAAGCAAUCUCUUCGCACUCUGCAAUUUUGAUAUAUCAUUACUACCGAUCAAGCUCAACCUCCCUAUGGUAUGUCCACCUCUAGAUUGGAAGAGUGCCAGCCAGCAUGGUCAGGAACCUAGAACCCUGUCCGAUCUAUCAGGGGGUUACUUAAGUGGUCCAACAGGGGAAAUAUAUGAUCGUUACCGCCUGUUAAGUACCGGUGACAUAUAUAAUUUUUAUAUUGAUAUAGGUAGAGAUAAUAAUUACAUGUAUCUGUGUAGUGUAAUGAACAAGCUGCAGCGUCAGCCCUUUCAAAUCAACAGUGACUGGUUGAAAUAUAUUCAAAUAAAUGAGGACUUAUUUGUUGAAUAUGGUUAUCUCAUGCCUAAAUUUCUAUCUUCAAUGAAUAUCAAAAAUGUAUCUUUCUUACUUAGAGAGUUUUACAUGAAGGAUGAGGUUAUUAAUAAAAUUUGUAGCUUUAACGAAUUGUUACAAACAUUAAAUAAGAGCAUACAGCGUGCUCGUUAUGAGCAAUUGAUUAUCAAGCUGGCAAUAGCCUACGAAGGUUAUAAAUUUUAUUUGCCUGCCUUUCUCGACUUCCGAGGUAGAAUCUACCGCAGUGGGGUCUUGCAUUUCCACGAGCGUGAUCUAGCACGAAGCCUGAUCGUCUUUGCAGAUUGCAAUUCUAUGGAGUCUAGAAAGAAAGAUAAUGUAAUCGCAGCUGCUGCCUUCCAUUACAAGCCUUUCAAGUCAGUCAAUAAUGCAUUAUUGUGGUAUUAUGAAAAUAAAUUGCAGAUAGAAUCUAAUUCUCUCCUGUUUACUCUGGAGGCUAAACGCAACUUUCAGUUCAUCGCCAAUCAAAUUGGAAUCUUUACUGGAAAAUGGAACUGCCUCCCUAUUAUCCAAGACGCCUCAGCUAGUGCAUAUCAGAUCAUGAGUUACUUUUUGUUGGAUGAAUCCCUGGCUAAGAGAACGAAUCUCAUCCCAUCUCCGGAUGGAGAAAUGCAAGAUGUUUAUUCUUUUCUCCUCGAAGAGCUCAAGGAGUUCAUGAAAGCCGAACUUGCUAAUAAUCUAUCAACGAUAGUUUGCGAUAUCAUUGAUCGGAAGAUAGUCAAAGGUAUCUUUAUGCCUAUUAUCUAUGGAAAAACUUUAAUGAGCACUGCCAACGAUCUAAAAGUCCAUCUCUCUCACUUCAUCACUCAUAAGGAAUGCUAUGAAAUUGCCUCUGUCUGCUUUAAGUUCUGGAGGACGAAAUAUCAAGGCAUUCCAUGCCUGAUCCGGUUGAUCCGCCAUAUUGGCUGGAUCGUGUCAGCUAGGAAUAGCCCUGUUUUCUAUAGAGUUCCUUUCUUUACCACGGUACAGGAUUAUAUGAUAAUGGAGCCAAUAAAUAUAUGGGUUUAUGAUAGACUUCAUAAGAAGAGGCGUCGGGUUACUCUCAGAGUUUCUUCUUCUAAGAGAGAUCGUAGGAAGACUGAAAUCUCUACCUUCGUAAACUUCAUCCAUCAGAAGGAUGCCCAUAUUGCAAUGUGUGUAGUAGAACAGAUGCUUUCUAUUGGUGCUCCUAUAUACACUGUACACGACAACUUUAUAAGUACAGCUCAAUAUAGCGAUUUGAUACCAUCUAUUUAUAGCAACGUCAUUUGUAACAUGGACCCUCCACUUUCAGUCAUCAACGAGUUCAUCUAUAUGAAUGUUAUUAAACCCUUUGUAAAAGGGAAUUCAAAUAAAUCUUCUAUGGCCAGAAAGGAAAUCUCAAAAGAGAUGCUUCAUUAUUACUUAAAGGCUAAUGUACCUGAGAACAUAAGCAAGAAGAUGAUGGCUACUUGGGAAGAAAGGAUCUCGGGAAUACUGACCUCUUACGAUAACUAUACUCGUAUUGUAUGCGGUGAUUUAAAAUCCCCUAACCCUAUGGAUUUAUGGAUAGCUCAUGAAAAAAAGUGGGAAAAGUUCAAGUUAAAGCUAAGAAGUGGUGGGAAGGGAAUACCCAAUUACUGCGUACACUAUUAA